AACCUAGGUGGAAGGCUCCGCGCCUCCCGGGGCGAGAGCCUCCAUGGAAAUCCGAUCGAGUCUGAUGACGAGAUUCAGAAGUAGACUAUCAAGCUUGUGCACAGGAUGCAGCGAGUCUUCGGGCCUCCCUGCUAGGACGAACUCACCCAGUGGACAAUACAUGUCUUGGUCUCGAUAAGAAACUCCAAGAAGCUUUUGAGACUUAAAGUUUAGAUGGGGCUUGAUGCUGUUGGGCAACCCCCAGCUAGUUCCCUGGCUGAGCAGAGAUGACUACAGAAUGGAGAGAGGCCGUGGUCCUAGCCCCUUGGGGCCUACUGAAGGUGAAAAAGGAAGACGAAGAGGAUGAAAGUGUCCUGAGUCAGUCAUCCGGCCAACAAGUGCACUCUGAGAAUGGCAAAGUCUGGGCCCCAGGGGAGGGUCCUCAGGCAGGCCUUGAUGUAUCGGAAGAUGAGCAAAAGGGUCAGAACAUGUUCUGGGACAUGGCAGUAAUCUUAGAAGCAGCACCGGAGGCUCCUGCUGCUGAACCUCUUGGCGGCUACACAUUACCGGGGCCUCCGGCCAUGGGCAAGAUCCUGGAGCCUCGUGGGAAGCCCACUGCUCUAGAGGAUGGAACUAAGAAGCUGCCAUUAUGGGUUCCUAAAACUGAAGUCUGUGGUGAAGCUGAAAACUCCCUGAUAGCAGGAAGAAUCCAGAAAAGUGACCCUCAAGGACCUGAAUUAGGAGAAGCCCGUGAGAACGGAAAUGUGUUCCAGAGACGGAGAAUGUUGAGGGAGAAAAGUGAUUCCCGACGAGUGACUGUGAGAGACUGUUCAUUAUCUGAAAGUUUUAAAGAAAAGGAGGACCACACUUGUAAGAAGGCUGGGGGGAAAUACGGGCUUGGUUCUGGCCCUGUUAAAAAUCAGAAAAUGCAGCCUGGGCAAAAGCCUUUUAUAUGCAGUGAAUGUGGAAAAGGCUUUAGUCAGAGUGCAAACCUUGUUGUGCAUCAGCGAAUCCACACUGGAGAGAAACCUUUUGAGUGUCAUGAGUGUGGGAAGGCCUUCAUUCAGAGUGCAAACCUUGUUGUGCAUCAGAGAAUCCACACUGGACAGAAACCCUAUGUUUGUGCAAAAUGUGGGAAAGCUUUCACUCAGAGUUCAAAUCUGACUGUGCAUCAAAAAAUUCACUCUUUAGAAAAAAAUUUUAAGUGCAGUGAAUGUGAGAAAGCCUUCAGUUACAGCUCACAGCUUGCACGGCACCAGAAAGUCCAUAUCACCGAAAAAUGCUAUGAAUGCAAUGAGUGUGGAAAAACAUUUACUCGGAGUUCAAACCUUAUUGUCCACCAGAGGAUCCACACUGGGGAGAAGCCCUUUGCCUGCAGUGACUGUGGCAAAGCCUUCACUCAAAGUGCAAAUCUCAUUGUACAUCAGCGAAGCCACACUGGUGAGAAGCCAUACAAGUGUAAAGAAUGUGGGAAAGCCUUUAGUUGUUUUUCACACCUUAUUGUGCACCAGAGAAUCCACACUGCAGAGAAACCUUAUGACUGCAGUGAGUGUGGAAAAGCCUUCAGUCAGCUCUCUUGCCUUAUUGUCCAUCAGAGAAUUCACAGUGGAGACCUCCCUUACGUGUGUAAUGAGUGUGGUAAGGCCUUCACAUGUAGCUCAUACUUACUUAUUCACCAGAGAAUCCAUAACGGGGAAAAACCUUACACGUGUAAUGAGUGUGGUAAGGCCUUCAGGCAGAGGUCAAGCCUCACUGUGCACCAGCGAACCCACACUGGGGAGAAGCCCUACGAGUGUGCAAAGUGUGGGGCGGCUUUCAUUUCUAACUCACACCUCAUGCGACACCACAGAACCCACCUCUUUGAAUAGCAAGGAAAAGAAGAGAACGAUCUUCAGCUUGCUCAGACUCCUUCUCCGCCCUACAUCAGACACCUCUGUGCUGCUGCUUCCUCCAUUGUGAACAUCCUAGUUUCCAGGGAGAUGGCCCUAGCAUUUCAGAGGCAAACUGAGAAAACCAAACUCAAGCCCCUAAAGGCAAGGAGGACCUUCUCUGAACUCUACUGGCCUAACCUGUCUUAUUUCUGAAAUGGGAUGUGGCUUUCUUAGGGAAUGGGUCAUUUUUUAGUUACCUGAUAAUGGGCCUAUUGGGGAAAAGUGGAUUUUGCUUUUUUUUUACACAGGGAAUUAAUUGAACAGCAGGCAGGUUGUCUGCCUGGUUGCAUUCUGGAGCUUUAAAUUUAUAUUCUGGGUGAAUAAACAACUAGUUAGGGAAAUCAUUGGGGUUACAAUUACAAAUUCAAUACUUCUAUAAGGUGUCCAGUCCCUAGGUAAUUUAAAAAAGUUCAGCAACAAGCUGGGCGUGGUGGCACACGCCUUUAAUCCCAGCACUCUGGGAGGCAGAAAUAGGAGGGUUACCAUGAGUUUGAGGCCAUGCAAAGACUACAUAGUAAAUUCCAGAUCAGCCUGGGCCAGAGCGAAUCCCUACCUUGAAAAACUGAAAUGAAGUAAGAACCAGCCUUUCCCUUGUCUAUACUUCUUACUAGUGCAGAGUUCUAGGGGUCAGUGAUGAGUCCCUUCUGACUCUUCCCCCUUCUGCUCAGCUACAUAGAUAUUGAAGGAAUGAUAGAGGCCCUCCACACCAGCUACAUCCACUUGCUAAGACUGGCUGGUACUCUGAACAGUUCCACUCCAAAUUUCGUCACAUUCCUUUGCGUGAGAUGUGUGUUCCCAGCAAAGAGUCCAAGAAUAAAGCUUGUCUGGGAGAUAUGUCCAUGUUUGCUCUCAUUCUGCCCAGGCCCAGCAGAUCUCAUUCUCAUGCUGUGGUGAUGUUUAGGGGAAAAACGGCAGAGCUUUUCUAGUAAGAGGAUUAAAGAGGGAAGAGGUAGAAUGGAAUGCCUAAAUUGUUUUAGUUAAAAUAUUUAUUUAUUCAUACCUUUAAUCUCAGCACUUAGGAGGCAGAGGUAGGAUUGCUGAGAGUUCAAGGCCACCCUGAGAUUACAUUGAAUUCCAGGUCAGCUUGGGAUAGAGUGAGAGCUUACCUCAAAAAGCAAAAACAAACAAACAAACAAAAAACUGCAAUAAAAUUUAAAAGUAGGUGUGGUGUCCCAUGUACUUCAUGUAACUGGCUUUAUGUGGGUAGUGGGGAAUCAAACCUGAGCCAUCAAGCUUUACCAUCAAGCACCUUCAACCUCUGAGCCACUUCUUCAGGCCUCCAGUUGCCUUCAGUCAGUUCCAAAUUCUCCAUCCAAUUAGAUAUUGUGUUGAGUUACUAUCCCCCCCUUUCUUUUUGCAUAUUCCCUAGCAUCCUGCUCUAGUCUGUCUUUGAUGCUCUUUUGCCUCUUGCCUUGUUAUCGUGCUUGAUUCAAUUGUUUCCUGUGUCACAUAUCUUCCAUUUUGUUUACUCCCUCAUUGGCUGCAAGUCACUUGCCAAGAAGAUGGAAGGGGAAAUUCCAUGUUUAUGUGGCAAAUGUAUCUUUCUGACCUGAUGCUUGAUUGGUAAUUUGAUUGAAUUUGGAAUUCUGUAUUGAAAUAUUUCUCCAGAAAUUAAUGAUAUAUCACUGCUUAGAGUUAGUGUGACUUAAUUAGAUGUCUGAAUCUAGUCUCUAAUCUGAUUAUUUCUUUGAGAAUUAGUAAAUAACAUGCAUAUUUUAGUGACCACUUCCCCUACCUUCAUGCUUGGAAGUUAUUAAAAUCUCUUUUUCUUGGUUUA